GGAUAGCCUUCCUUUUCUCCCUCCGGCCAUCUUGGGUUCGCCUCGGUGCUGCCGCUGCUUGUCCCCGAGCGGAGUCUGAACCCUCCCGCCGCGCCGUGUUGCGCUGCCGGUCCUUCUCCUUCCCCCUCCCGCUCACGUACACCGUUACUCGGGCUCUGCAGACACCGGCAAAGAUGGUGGCGGCCAAGAAGACGAAAAAGUCUUUGGAGUCCAUCAACUCCAGGCUCCAGCUGGUUAUGAAAAGUGGCAAAUAUGUGCUGGGUUACAAACAGACUUUGAAAAUGAUUCGUCAGGGCAAAGCCAAGCUAGUUAUUCUUGCCAACAACUGUCCAGCUUUGAGGAAGUCGGAGAUUGAGUAUUAUGCUAUGUUAGCCAAGACUGGAGUGCAUCAUUACAGUGGCAACAAUAUCGAACUAGGUACAGCUUGUGGUAAAUACUACAGAGUGUGUACACUGGCUAUCAUUGAUCCUGGUGAUUCUGACAUCAUCAGGAGCAUGCCAGAACAAAUCAGUGAGAAAUAAACUGGGCUGCAACUCUGAAAUGUUUUACAAAUAAAGUUAUUCUGUUAAAAAGGCA